UCUUCGUCCAAAAACCUCGCUGUCUGCGGGUGGAGGCCGAAAGCGGGCGGCUGUUUCCUGUCAGCUGCCGUCACGUGAUAGGAGGGUUGAGAUUCCCCCUCCCCCAGUAUGGCCUCAUCCUCUACACCUAGAUGUAAUUCAAGCUCCUUGGAGAACUCCUCAAUUAAAAAGCCUUUGAAAGAUGGAACUAACUGGGAACACAAUGAAGAAAUACCUCGUUUACCAGGGGAAAUGAGAGUCACAGACAAGGAAGUUAUUUACAUGUGUCCAUUUAAUGGUCCCGUUAAAGGAAGAGUGUACAUAACAAACUACAGACUGUACUUGAGAAGUGUGGAAUCGGAUCCUGUUGUGGUGAUAGAUGUUCCUUUGGGUGUAAUUUCAAGGAUUGAGAAAAUGGGAGGAGCUUCAAGUAGAGGAGAAAACUCGUAUGGAUUAGAUAUUACUUGUAAGGAUAUGAGAAACUUGCGCUUUGCAUUGAAACAAGAAGGUCAUAGCAGGAGAGAUAUAUUUGAAGUCUUGACCAAAUAUGCUUUUCCACAGUCGCAUAAUUUGCAAUUUUUUGCAUUUCUGAAUGAAGAGAAGUUUUCUGAAAAUGGUUGGCUGGUUUACAAUCCCAUGGUUGAAUACCGGAGACAAGAUUUGCCAAAUGAACAGUGGAGGGUAACAUUUCUCAACGAGCAUUAUGCACUGUGUGACACAUAUCCUUCACUUUUGGUGGUGCCAUAUAAUGCUACAGAUGAGGACCUCAAGAAAGUUUCUGCUUUUAGAUCCCGAUGUAGAAUACCAGUUUUGUCAUGGAUACAUCCAGAGAACCAGGCAGUUAUCAUGCGUUCCAGCCAACCACUAGUUGGCAUGAGUGGCAAAAGAAACAAAGAUGAUGAAAGGUAUCUGGAAAUCAUAAGGGAAACUAAUGGCCAGAUCUCAAAACUGACUAUCUUUGAUGCAAGGCCCAGUGUGAAUGCUGUAGCCAAUAAGGCAACUGGUGGGGGAUAUGAAAGUGAGGAUGCUUAUCCCAAUGCAGAGCUGUUCUUCCUUGAUAUCCACAAUAUUCAUGUCAUGCGGGAAUCCUUAAAAAAGCUGAAGGACAUUGUUUACCCCCAUGUAGAAGAAUCUCAUUGGCUGUCCAGUCUGGAGUCCACUCACUGGCUUGAACACAUCAAGCUUGUUUUGACAGGUGCCAUUCAAGUAGCAGACAAAGUGUCCUCUGGAAAGAGCUCAGUCUUGGUUCACUGCAGUGAUGGUUGGGACCGUACCGCACAGCUGACCUCUCUGGCCAUGUUGAUGUUGGAUAGUUACUACAGGACAAUUGUGGGCUUUGAAGUCUUGGUGCAAAAGGAAUGGAUAAGCUUCGGACACAAAUUUGCAUCGAGAAUUGGCCAUGGAGACAAAAAUCAUGCUGAUGCUGACAGAUCACCCAUCUUCCUCCAGUUUAUUGACUGUGUGUGGCAGAUGUCUAAGCAAUUUCCGACGGCUUUUGAAUUCAAUGAGCAAUUUUUGAUUACUAUUCUGGAUCACUUGUACAGCUGCCGCUUUGGUACAUUCUUCUAUAACUGUGAUUCUGUAAGAGAAAGAGAGAAGCUGAGUGAGAAAACAGUGUCUCUGUGGUCACUAGUCAACAGCACAAAAUCAAAGUAUACCAAUCCCUUUUAUACUAAAGAAUUGAAUCGUGCCCUUUAUCCAGUUGCUAGCAUGCGCCACUUGGAACUCUGGGUCAAUUAUUACAUUCGGUGGAAUCCGAGGAUUAGACAGCAACAGCAGAAUCCUGUGGAACAGCGUUACAUGGAGCUGCUGGCAUUGCGUGAUGAUUACAUGAGACGGCUAGAAGAACUGCAAAUAACAAACAAUCCCAAAAUUUCCAGUUCAUCUUCCUCGUCCUCAUCCUCACAGAUGAUGUCCCACGUGCAAACUCACUUUUGAGGGAGAAUGGUUGGCUUUUCUUCUUGGAAAUUUGUCAUCAUAAGUGGUGCUUAUUCUGCUGUAAUGGACAAGAGAAAACAGUGAUGCCUUAUGUAUAGCUUCUUCCUGAAAUCUUUGUCCUUAUAAGAGAGGGUUUGGACACAAGUGGAUUUAUGUGCCUUUCAAAAUCUAUGGCCUGGAAACAUUGUUAUCCAACUAGCAGUUAGAAUAUUUUUUAAGCUGGGUUUGCGCCCCCCCCCCACAGAAUCCAAAUCUAUUUAGCUAAAUGGUUUUCAUUAAUAAGUUUCACCAUCUUAGAGGAGCAUGAAUUCAUUUUGCUCUCAAGGCUCUUUCCUGAACAGACUUAAAAUGCAUAUUUGAUUUCAUAUAUUGAGUGAAGUGCCAUCAGUACUGUCAGGGGCUUUGCACAACUGCUUGCAUGCAUCUUUGGAGUUUCAUCUUCUUAGUGAAGUUUGGAGAAGAAAGUGAACUGCAAAGUUGCCUUGUGUUGUCAGAAAACAUACUUCUGAGAAGCAAUUACUGUGUGAAUUAUAGUUUCUUACACACAAAAUUGUUGCAAUAGUGGCAAUAAUCUAUCAUAACUGAAAUUUCCUAAAAAUGUGUGCCUAUUCAGAGCAGCAGCCUUAUUUCCAAAGUAGAUUAACAUUUGAGAUGAGACAUAGUGGUCUCUGUGUAUGUGUGUGCAACCUCUUUCCUUAAUGGAGUAGACUUUUAUGAAGUAUAUUAAAUCUAUUUACAGAAAAUAGCAAGCGCAAUGAAAGAGAAAUUUUGUAUAUCUUCAGUUUGCUGUUUUCAUGCAAGUCUCCUGUUAAAUUUUAUAAUUUGUUCUUUUCAGGAAUUUUUUAAAGUAUAUUAUAAGCACUUGUGAAGCCAGCACAAACCUUGCAACUUGAUAUUUUAAUUCAUAUUUUGCUUAGGAUUUAAAAUUUUAAGUGGUAUUUGGUCCAUUCAGAACAUCUUGAAGCAUAGGAUUUGCAAAGGACUGUUCGUAGCUAAUGUGAUUUAUUUUUUAAAGAAUUUUGACUCCUUGAGGGUGUUUGCCAUUUGUAAAUUAUUGUACAUGUAACUUACAAAAUACAAGGUGGAAAGGAUAUUAUAGGAUAAUGUGUAAAUUAAAUCUAAAUGUAUGAAAUAUAUAGCUUUUUUGUAAAGUGUAAAUAUUUUGGGUUUGAAGUUUAAAGUCAGUCCAUAAAAUGCUAUAAAUUUCUUAAUUUUAGAGGACAUUGGAAUAUUUUAGAAAUAGUAUUUUUUCAUUGCAAGAAAAAUGGAGCACAUUAAUACAGUAAAUAGUAUAUUAAGAAAUUUGCACUACCUUCUUCAGGAAUAGACUGAAGCAGUUACUAGUAACAAGUUCAGCCUGCUAAUGCAUGAUUUUAUUUCCACUUGGUUUUUGUCCUCUAAAUUUCACUCGUGACUCUUACCUCUUCUGUAUCUCACUGCACAUAUAUGGUUUGUUCUUAAGGGAGACAAAUCUGAAAUAUUAAAUAUGUAACUUGAAUUACAAGGAAGCUCACAUUUAUCCCAUCAGCUGGUUUUAAAUGGCAGAGUCUAACUCUGCAGCUGAGAAACUAUGCAGACCCUCAUAUAAUUGCCUUUUGUUUGCUUGCAAUUUUAAAUAUGCUAUUUGUCAUCAUUCACAACCCUAAAGUAUUCUGCUUGUUAUAUAUCCAUGGGAAGUGUGUGUGCGUUUUCUUUUCAUUCUGUCUCAUAUAGACAAAUCAAUACUUUGUUUUUACUAAGUAAAACACUACAUGUUCAACUGUGGGGUGUGUGCGCAUGCAUGUGGAGAAAUAUCGUAAAACCAAUUAAAUUCAUUUGCCUUCUUAUCAGCAGUAUGAUAUUGGUUUGUGUUGCCACCAUUACAGAGGAUGCUGCAUUUUCAUUUUUGUAGAGUUAAUAUGAUUUGGGAAAGUGUAACUUGAUGAGAGUACACUUAUAUAUUUUUUUAAAUACCUGCUUUAAGUCAUAUGAAAUAAAAAAACCCACUCCUUC